AUCGUAUUUAUAAUUUCAUAAUAGAAUCAUUAUUCAUUAAUAAUUUAUUAACCUUCUGUCAUUAUAUUAAUUUUAUAUAUAAACACGUGCAUUUAGUCAACACAAAAUGGAAACGGAAAAAAAAGUAAUAUCGACAACAAAAAAAGAGGAACAAAAACCGCCCACUUAUUUGUGUAUUCCGAUUAAGGAAGAAAAAUCGAAUUCUUCGAAUCAGAAUAAAGAGCUGAAGAAUUUGAAGAGAAUUGAAACUAAGGAAAAAGUGAAGAAAAAGAAGAAGGGUAAAAAAAAUGUUGAUGAAGAAGAGGAUUUGUGCAGUUUUAUGAAUCCAGAAAUGCGAGGAGGAGUUUUAUAUACAAAAUGCGAUUGUCUUAUUAGAAAUGGCCUCCAAGAUGAUUGUCCUUUGACUCUUUGUCAGGGACAACCGGAUUGUUUAAUUAAACCCUGGCCAUUAUGUCCGCCUGGAAAGUACUAUCGAAAUCGACAUCCGGAAAUUUAUCCUUCUCCAGGAAAUUGAAAUUCGGCUUUUCGUUCGACAACUUUUUCGAGUGAUUAAAGCCGUGCGAAUGGGAUGAGCCACCGUGUCCACCACCAACUCUUUGUCCAGUUCCGACACAAAUGAAUUCGCCAGCAUGUUAUAUUCCAGCGAAGCCCUGCAACAGUUGUGAAUUGAGAAGCAGCAUAAU